UGGUGGGUGGGACUUAGAGAAGAUGUGACAGAUGAAGCGAUUGUAACUGUUCAGUAACGAAUCAGUGUGGCAAGAUGAAGAUCUUGCUAAGUAGUCUUCUUUUCGCCUCUCUCUGUACCCUCUCAUCCUGGAGUGUUUCAUCAGGCACAUUUGUUGUGACCCAGAGUCCUGAUGUUUCUUAUAGGGAGGGAGAGACAGUAAACAUCACCUGCUGCUGGACAAGGACGUUUGAAAGAUUUAGCGUGAACUGGCUGAAAAAUGAAACAGUAAUUAGGAGUGAAACCUACGUGAAUUAUUCUAAAGAGUCUCUGAAAAUAGAAGAAAAAGACUGUUCUUCUUUGAAUUUCUCAAAUAUCAGACCAGAGGAUUCAGGGACAUACAUCUGCAAGGUUAUUGUGGAGAUACCGUCUUUAACUGAGGCUAAAGGAAACGGGACAGUUAUCACAGUCAAGACAGAAAACAAUACUAUCGACAGCAACAGCAGUGGGCCCAGUUUUGGGAAUCCACCAACCAACGUGAUCAUUUCCCUGUCUGUAGUGGUUCCUUUGCUCCUCAUCACACUCGUCUGUUACUGCACUCUGCGAAGAAAACAAGCACUAGCAGCCCGAGUCAUCUACGAGGUUCCCCACGUAGACUCCGAGAUGGCAGAUGCAGACAAAGACAGCACAAGCUCCUCCAGAGGCUCGUCUCAGUGGCGGCAAGUGCCUCUGUAUGAAUCCUUCUACUUUGAGCAUGUGGAUCCCAAAGAAAGUAAAUGAGUGUCGGCUCCAGAGUUUUCUUGUGUACUUUCUGUCCUGUAUAUAGCAUAUUUUUCUUACAUUUUUGCAUGAUUGCAAAACCCCCAUAUAUGGUUGUAAAUAUGUAUGUAUUUUUCUAUAAACUACAUCUUAAUUAAAAUUAAUUUCAGUGAUGGGGUGUUAGUCCCAUAAAGCCUGAAUCACAAAAUAAUAAUAUUUUUAUGUGUUUAUUUAACCUUCUGACAAAUAAAAAAGUAAAAUAAAUGAUGAAUUUGCAUAGUUUUUAAUUUGUGGCAUCUUUGCUAUAUUCAGGAUUUUUGUGUAAUUUCUUGCUUAAAAAUGUUUUGUGCAAUUUAUUUCGGUUUUUCAGGGGGAAAAUCACUCUGAUCAUGCAGACAUCACAUAGGAUACACCCAACAUCACAGGGUUAAACACUGAUAAUGGUACCAGGCAGAAUUUGAUCGGGCUAAAACACGAUCAGCAACAGUGAGGGUUAAAAAUGCAACACUGAACACGCAGGUUUCGUAAUGAUUACAGCUUACGAUUAGGAUGCUGAAUGGAAAGUGUGGUGUUCAGGGGUGACUGUAUAGUAGGUCAGUGACAGGAAGUGGAAAGUACGCCUGUGACGGGCGAAGGUUUGCUAUGUGUGUGUUUGUCUUAUCAACCAUACAAAACUUGUACAUCUCAAAUAAAUCUGAGACAUUAAAUGCAUGUCUCUGAUAUUAUAAAUGUGUCCUCAUCAUUCAGUACAUCUUCUCUGUAUUCAUGUUAUAAGGUCAACGUUUCAGUGUUUUCACCAUGAUUGAAGGCGGAAUCAGACCAGUUAGCAACGAGCUCCUAAAAUACCUUUUCUCUGAACACUGACCUCCAAGUUGACUUAGCAACCCAUUUACAUACGUGAUGUUUAUAACUAUAAACAUUUUUCUCAUCCUGGUUCUUGCUGGCUCAGUGCUCCCACAGUACAAGCUACAGUCACACAUUUAUUCAAGCAUUCAGAACAAUUUGACAACAAUUGAAAUUUGCCCAAGGAAAUCAAACCAGCGGGUUUCCUGUUUUUAGAUGACCUACCUAAGCAUCUGAGCCAAAUGUCCUAGUAACAUUUGGUGGUGAGCAAAGACUGACAGACCUCAAACUGCAACAUAUACUAUUGCAGAAAACACGAGAUGCUUACAUGCAGUGCUCCGUCUUUGGGACAACGACGGCAUGACGAUUGUCACUGAAGCAUUUGAUGUGUAAUUGAAGUGCAGACUUUCAAGGUUUAAUUCAAAGUAUUUAAGAAUUACACCUAUGCUUUAAUCCUUGGAUGAACGAACAGCCAAUGUCUGCCCAAAGUCUUUAGCCAUUGGGCUAAAUGUCUGCUUAUUUGCUAAAUGUUCUAACAACUGAAGUCAAAGUCAGCUAUUGUCAAAGACCAUAUGUACAGUCAUACACAAGAACAUGGUCCUAAGUGUAGACUCAAACAAUAUAAAGAUUAAAAGAUGAAAAAUAAAACAGGAAUCUUAUGUAAAACACCAUACAAUACAAUACUAUCUUAUAUAAACAGCAGU